AUGAAAGAGAGUAAUGGAAGUGGUACUUCUAUUUCUCAGAAUUCAUUUAAAGCAUUAAAUGAGGUAGAAGUAGCGAAAACAACAGCGGAGUUAAAAGCAAAAUACCAAUCAUCUUCGACUCCCAAUGAUUUGUAUAACUUAAUUGAUGAAAUUGAUGCCGCCAUGGCUAAGAUAGACAAUAAUCUUAACAAUUUUACAGCUUUGAAUUCUAGUAAACUCCAACAGGAUAUAACCAAUAUAGAGUUGGCAAGAACCACUAAAUUAUCAUCAGCAAUCUCGAAUUCAAAUAAAUUGACGUCAAUUUUUUCACAGGCAAAUGACUUGGGCCACAAGUUGACGUUUAAAAUCAAAUCGUUAGAUCAAGAAAUUGGCAACGUAAACAAAACAUUGGAAUACGUGACAAACAUUCAAUUAUUGAAGAAUAACAUCAACCAAGCAAAUUAUGCUAUCGAACACAAAAAUUGGGAAUUAGCAGCUCAAUGUAUACAUACCAUCAGCUCGAAGAUCCCCCCUGAAUUGAUUUCUGGGAAAUAUGCAUCGGUCGUGAUUCCGUCUACCGAAUUACCUGUAAUGCCAACGGUUGCAAUCGCCAAUUGGACAGAUAAAUUAACACAAGUGUUUAAAGAAAAAUUCACUGAGGCAGCAAAAGCUAGAAAUGUUGAACAAUUGACGAAAUUUUUCCAAUUAUUCCCACUAAUCAACCAGGAAGAGAUUGGUCUUAACUGUUAUUCUAAAUUUAUCUGUGAAAUCAUCAAUGAAACAUCUAAAAGUCUAACAGCAGGGUUGGAGAGUGCCCAUGAUUUGAAGCCAGCUAUAUUUUCUAAUGUUGUCAUGCAAUUAUUUGAAAAUAUUUCAAUGAUGCUAUCUCAGCAUGGGCCCUUAAUUAAAAAGUAUUAUAGUGCCACAUAUCCACUGGCAUUGUCAUAUGUUAUUAGCAAAAUCCAAAGAGAAAUCGACUUACAAGUUGGAAUAAUUGCUGAUACCUUUUAUGAUUUGAGAAGAUUAGAUAAACACUUCCAAGAUAUCAAAUUAUAUAGUUUUCCAUUAUUAACUAGAAGAUUGGCAGAACUAAAAGAUCACACAACUCAAGAUCAGGAGUCCAGAAGAACUAGUUUUGAUACAUCAGACGAAUUAUUACCAAUAAGAUUAAUUGGUGAUUUAAUACAAGAAUUAUCUUCAAUUUUUGAAAACUGGACGUUAUACUGCCGAUUUAUUACCGUCAAAUAUUUACAAGAACCCCAAAAUAAACAAAAUGGGAAAGCAACAACAGAAGAACAAGAGUUACUUUUACCUGAUUUAAUUCGCAAAUCUACUUUUACAAGAAAAAUCAAUGAAAAGCUUUUGCCUUCAUUUGAGAUCUUGCACAAGUUUUAUUUCCGGCGUUCGAUAGAAAAAUCAAUCACCAUCGAAGAAUUGCCAUCAUUAGAUGCAUAUUUGGUAUUAAAUAAUGAGCCUGGAGUUCACCCAGAACAGGUACCCAUAUCUUCUGUUGCUGAAGAUUUAACUUUGGUUUUAAACACCACUUUACGUAACAUUAUUCAAUCUGGAUUGCCUACAGCUGUGAAGAGUUUUAUCAAUGAAAGUUUCCGUAUUGUUCAACAAGAUUUCUUGAAUGGAUUUUUCAUUAAAAACUUGAAUGACAAUCAACCAAGAUAUAACCAAACGUUAUCAUUGAUAGACCCUGCCAGUACUAUCAACCGCACCAACAGUCCAAUUAGUAGAAGCGGAACUCCCGACGUACAUGGAGGUAGUGGUGGAUUAUCAACCGGGGCAGGAUUUUUGAAGGGUGCUUCAAGUGCCUUGGGAAGUGUUGUUAGUGGUUCUGGUGCAAUUGUAGGUAGUUUACAGACCACUCCAAAUAAUCCAAAAUUGUUGAAUUUCAUUAUUUAUUUGAACACCGUGGCCAUGGCUCAAGAAUAUUUCACCAAAGUGUUCCAGAAUAUAAAUAAGGACAGUUAUUUACAGUCUUAUUAUCCUUUUGGUAAGGACAAGAAUAAAAUCGCAAAUAUUUUAAAACAAGAUUUUUUAGAUCCAUUCACCAGUGUUAGCAAUAAAAUCAUUUCCGAAAGUUUAAUUAAUUUAUACAAUCAGCUGAUCAAGAAUAAGUUGCUUAUGCUUGUUAAUGACUUUUUUACUGAAACUCCAACUGCAAAUAAUGAAACAAACUAUGUGAUUUAUUCUACCAAUAACAUAAAUGAUCCUACAAUUUUAAUUAAAUUCACUUCAAACUGGCAGUCCUUAAUGAAACCAUAUCUACAAACAUUGCACAAGGCUCUUUGGAGUAAAUUAUUGCGAUUAGUUGUGGUUAACUUAACCAAUUUGUUAGAAAAGAAAUUGUUCAUGAUAUUAAAUAAAUUGAAAAUUAAUGAAUUGGGUGCUAUAAAGUUAGAGAAAGAUGUUUCGUAUUUAAUUAACGAAAUUUGCCGUGAUAACUACUAUUUGCGUGAAAAGUUUGUUAGACUAACUCAAAUAGUAUUAUUGGUAGGUAUGGAUGAUGAAGAGUACGAGGAAAGUAAUCAACCAGUGACUAAAGCUCCAGAAACUGAAGAAGAUGGAAGGGAAAGAGAUGAUUUUGAUGAUGAAAUUGGUGGCAUAAAUUGGGUGUUAACACCACAUGAGAGAAUUCAAAUACGUAAAUACAGGAUUUAG